CCUGAACAUAACAUAUUAAGCCAUUUUAAGGGGUUUCUUUAUGGGGACACUCUUGCACCUUUGCACGUUGCGAUCGUAUUCUGGGCUCAACUGAUUGCCUGUAUAUGUUUCAUCAAUAAGGUGUAUGAGUUUGGUCUUUUUAAUUCACUGUUUGUCCACCGUUUAAAGUUAAGCAUUUUAGAAUGUCCAGCGACAGGGGAAUCCUGUGUGACGUAUGAGGGCAGCUCCAGUACUGCGGCACAGCGCCAUAUUUAUUCUUUACAUUAGUUUAUUCUGCACAUCAGCCUCGGGGGAUAUGACAUUGUAUCUCCUUUGUGGUAGAGAAAGCUCAAUAUGGAUUACUGAAUUUUUUAUAAUGAAAUUGUGUUUGAAAUGUUUUCAUUUGAAAUAUUCACAGCUUAAAUAUACAACCAUGCUGAAUUUCAGCCCCCCAAAGCACUGUUUGGUUUGGUUUGUUUAUUUAUGUAGCACUGCUAAAAACAACCGAGGAUGAACCAAAGUGCUUUACAUAGUCCCAAAACAAAAACAACAAACAACAGAAUAUACACAUAUUAACAAAUCAAACAUCAUAGACACCACAUUUACCACAUAGAGUUUAAUAUACUGUUAAUAGAAUGCUUUUUUUUUUUCAUUUAGUGCAAUUCAACAUGCUAUUUUUUUUCAGAGACAUUAGUCAUUAUUUCACUUCCAUAUUAAUCAUUAAAGCUAUUGCUACGACACAGAAUAUGCCCUACCUAAAUGGUCAGGAGGAGCCGCUUCUACUGUGUAUAAAUUAAAAUAAAUUGUAUUUCUGUAAUUAUUUCUAAUUAUUUGUAAUUAUUCUCUUGCCUUCUCAUUUUCCCUCUGCAUUCACUAACUGCCUGUUUAAAGACAACAUAAAAUGAAAAAAAAAAAAAAAAAAAUCAAUAAAAUUAAAAAACGCUUUGUAAACAGACAGUGGGGGUGGAGGAUUCCGUACAUGGAAGUGAAAAGCAGGGCAUGUUUGUGAGGGAUGGUGGCUUGUUGGUGAAUGACAGUUAGGGGCGGGGCUUGUGCUGCGCUGACUGAUUGAAUCAAACAGCUGAGAACGCGCGUGUGAAGACAGAGGAAAAGCAGCAGAUGCAUCGAAAGAAACCACAGCAGCACAAUAAAACAUUAAAGACAGCGUCUGCGGCAAACAGAUGAAAGACGAUGAAUGCCAAAUGUGUACGGUGUGUGUUUUAGAGGCGACGAUGGUGUGGUGAAGAAUGAGGACGCCUGACAUUUUCAUUUCUCUGUGACAACUGAUGAACAACGCGCGGAGCAGCAGCAGCGCUUGAAGCAGAAACGCGAAGGGGAAUACUCGUUUUGUCACGGUUUUUAUUUUCAGCUCCUUUUAUUUGUUGGUGUUUGACCUCGUUUAUUAAUCACACCGCAAACGCCCAACUAAACUAAAGAUUUAGGGGGAUAUAGCUUAACCAUUUUUAAAUAGCACGAAGAGGAAUAAUUGUGCGGUCCUUCGCCGUGUUAAUCAGCUGCAGGAGCAGAGAUGUGACAUUUUUCACACGAGCAUUCAACCAUCUAUCAUAUCGGAUGCUUUAAUCGAUAAAGGGUCCAUCUCUUAGGCCAUAAUUUUAAAGGCUGCCACUGAAUAUAUCUUAUACUAAGAUGCCAUUUUUUCACGUGCUGUUCCUGCUGCUCACUGGGCUGGAUGUGAGUUUGUCUCAAGAUGAGAAGCCGACAGUCCCGUUCGGCUGCGGAUUUGGUCUUCAGCGCCCCUACACUCUCUUAUGUGACCUGGAUGCUGUAUGGGGCGUGGUGGUGGAGGUCGUAGCAGCGGCUGGUGUGUUAGCUGCUGUUUUACUGUUGGUAGUGUUACUGUGCCGGCUGCACUCAGUGACCGAGGCACCAAAGCGAAGUGGCAUCGGUCCGACUCUCUUACUGUUGAUAGGCAUUAUUGGGCUUUUUGGGCUUAGCUUUGCAUACCUUAUUGAGCAUAACGAGAGCAUUUGUUUGGUGCGGCGUGCCCUCUGGGGUGUGUUUUUCUCACUCUGCUUUGCCUGCAUGUUGGCACAGGGCGUGAGGCUGCGAAGGCUUGCCCGUGAGUCUCGUAGCCCGGGUGGGUGUGCCCUCGCUGGACUAGCGUUAGGGUUGACAGCAGUACAGGGUAUUAUCGCUGCAGAGUGGCUUCUACUAACAGUGCUUCGGGCGGGUAACCCAGCGUGCCAGUAUCAACCUCUGGACUUUACGCUGGCUUGCGCCUACGUGCUUGCGCUUCUGCUGGCCGCCCUAGUAAGCGCAACAUUAGCACUGUGUGGGAAGGCACGACACUGGCACUGUAAUGUUGUGUGGCUUCUGGUCUCCUGCUUGCUGUCCAUUCUCUUGUGGGUGGCUUGGGUUGGUUUCUACGUCUAUGGAAACAACGUGCUUGGGAAGUCUCCGGACUGGGAUGAUCCAGCAUUGGCUGUAGCACUGGUAGCACAGGGUUGGUUGUUAUUGCUGUGCCACGCUGCUCCUGAAGCCCAUGCCUGUCUUCGAGCGCCACCUCAGCCUUCUGCUCCAGACUAUUUCGACACAUCCCAGAAUUCCUCACGCAUGAGAGAGGCCAGCCUUGAUGAGGACAUCCCCCUUUCACACAGGCAGUUUGUGGAGAACCAGGGAUAUGCGUUUGAUGAAAAUACUGCAGGGUUGAGGAGUGGCAGUCACCAUAAUGGCAACACAGGGGCCAGACCCAGUGCACCUUUCAGAAGUAACGUCUACCAACCCACUGAGAUGACCAUGAUACUAAAUGGAGGAGCAGUUCCAUCCGCCCCUCCCACAUACACAGGAAGACAGCUUUGGUAAAGGAGGAGACUGGAAGAAGAGUGAAUGGAAAAGUGGUGCAAGCUCCUGAACUGUAAGAAAAAUCUCUGAAGUGAAUACAGACUUACAGUAAAGGACAAUGUCAGUAGCCGCCAGUGCUGCAGUAAGACUGAAAUAAAGCACUUGGAUCGUGUGUGUGUGUGUGUGUGUGUGUGUGUGUGUGUGUGUGUGUGUGUGUGUGUGUGUGUGUGUGUGUGUCCCUGAGCAAUCUGACAAGCAUGACCGAAAGAUGUUAAAGGGACAGUUUGCCCAAAAAUGAAAAUUUUGUCAAAACAAAAGAAUAUAUUAUGAAGAAUACAGUUGACGGUAGCCAUUGAGUGCCCUAAUAUUUUUUCCAUACUAUGGAAGUCAAUGGCUACCUUCAACUGUAUUCUUCAAAAUCUCUUCUGUUGUGUUCAGCAGACGAAAGAAACUCAUACUGGUUUGGAACAACAUGAGGGUGAGUAAAUGAUGACAACUUUUUCAUUUUUGGGUGAACUAUCCCUUUAAACAGGACAACUCUUUGCAUUAUCAAUAGUUGUAGUGAAUUUGAGUUGGUGUACUGGUAAAAUAUUCUUGCAGUUUUACACAUUUCUCUAUUAAAACCAUUAAUUACAACAGUAUUUUAAUUUUAUCAUUGUCUCAGAUGAAUAUGUAUUUUGCUUUGACUUCAGAUUCGCCCUGAAGUCAUAUCGGGCUCUGUGUGUUACAUGCAGAGGUUGCAGAUCUGUCUCUACAGCAGUUGUGACUGUGCAGUAAAACUUGGACAUCUUAUUCUAUGAUAACAAGAUACAGUACUUUGGUCUCUCUGGUAAAUUUUUUUCUUUUUUCUUUUGUGAGUUGUCUGUUGUAUGAAUAAGUGGUGCGCCACUGAAGCAACAUGCUGUGACAAAUCUAAACCUUUCUUCUGUGGAGUCUCGAGAUCAAUUCUCACUCAACUCUAAAUGAAAUCUUAGCAACACCUUGUUGUAAAUGGCUGUAUUUUUUAUACAUCAAGGUUCUUGAAUUUGCCACUUAAGUUUUGAUCUCUGCUUUUACACAGUUAUACAAUUAAUCUUCAGAUACCUACAACUGCUGGACAGAUCCCAGCGGAAAAAAAACUAAGAUGACAGAGCAAAGGAGGAAAGUGAGGACAUGGGGUGGGGUGUUAAUAUAGUUCAGACUACUGUAGGUCUGCACGUUUGAUGAUUUGGAAAACUGCAACUCUAAAUGGCCAUGCAGACUGCAACCCCCCCCCCACCCCCCCACCCCCCAAUUUUCGAAACACAAAUGAAGAUAUUUUAAAUGAAAUCUGAGUGAUUUCUGUUCCUCUUUUGACAGCUAUGCAACUGAUAUUUUUGUUGCUUCAAAAAGUUUAUGAGGAGAUCAUAAAACUAAUCCAUAUGAAUUGAGCAGUUUAGUCCAAAUUUUCUGAAGUGACUCGAUCACUUUUUUAUGAACCGAUUGAAUUUAGGCUCAAAGUUUCAGUUGCAUGGAGGCACAGAAAUCUUUCAGAAUUCAUCAAAAAGAUCUUUAUUUGUGUUCCAAAAAUGAACGAAAGUCUUUCGAGUUUGGAACGUAAAUGACGACAGAAUUUUCUUUUUUGGCUGAACUAUCCCUUUCAGCACUGAAAAGAAUGACAGUAUGUACAUGACCACAGUAGCAGAGAUCAUAGAACUGUGGUAAGAGGGUCUGUUCAGUUCAUUUUUCAGAUGGAUUUCUUGAUUUCUUUUUUCUUUGAGAGUGAUAAUGUUGUUAACCAGUUGUGUUCUUUUAAAAUGAAAGUGUUGUUGUUUGCUGCUUAGACUGUGCUGUAACCUUCUAAAAGGGACACUGAGCUGUAGAGAAUAACUAUGAUUUGCUUUAUAUUUAUGCAUGCAGAGUCCUAUACCACAUCACAUAAACUGAUAUAUGAGAGUGAACAUUGAUUGUUUGGUCCAACUCGGUGUUCGAUUCCUCCCUUCUCCCCUUGUUAUACAAGGUACAAGAGCCAAAUAAUAUGCUGCAGUUAAUAACAGUUAUACUCUGAGAAUGCAAAGAUGUAAAUUACACAUCAUCAGUGGCGAUUUACUUCCACAAGUUAUGAUUGAUUGCUGGAGUCUGUAAACCCUUUUCAAGUAAACUUAGGUGUGGCUCACAGGUGCAUAGCCGAGCUUGCAAAACUGAGUAAGCUGUUAUUAUUUAUUUUCACUGCUUACUGCAGACAAGUCUAGAUUUUGUGUUGGCAUCGUACAUUCCACAAUAAAGGAAAUUUUCCUGCUAUCUGAACAAUUCAAGCUUGAAGAACCACCUUCACGUUUUUGCCAUAGAAGCUGCUACUAAACACAAUGGUCCCACAAGCUACAUAGCACAAAGCUAUAUUGCCAAGAAUAAACCAGUUAUAAAAGACAAUUAGUACUUUCAUAUGUGUGUAUCAAAGCAAUAAGAGGUUAGGAUAAGAAAGAUGGAUAGUGAUGCUAUGGACAUAAUUAUUAAAGGGGUCCUGACAUACAUAUGUUUCCAACCAUUUGAAUAGGACACUCGUUUUGAAGCCGUUCUUGAAAAUUUCACUGUAAAUGACCAUUUCCUUGGCAGAAUCUUUAAAAAAAAAAAAAAAAAUGCCCUCAUCAUAUUGCACAGUUAAAAUAUAUCAAAUAAAAGAUCAAAUAAUGUGUGGAAAAAAUAUUAAACUUUUGUUUACUUUCCUGCCCAGUAGGAAAUAAGAAACUGCAAAAGUAAAUUGUAUAUAUAUAUUUAUAUAUAUAUAUAUAUAUAUAUAUAUAUAUAUAUAUAUAUAUAGAGAGAGAGAGAGAGAGAGAGAGAGAGAGAGAGAGAGAGAGAGAGGAGAGAGAGAGCUUAGGUUAAGAAAGUUUAAAAAAAAAAAUAAACUUGCCAUUUCUUCUUAAGGGAUUAGUUCACUUUCAAAUUAAAAUUACCCCAAGCUUUACUCACCCUCAAACCAUCCUAGGUUUAUAAGACUUUGUAAGAUUUUGCCAAACAGCAGCCAUUUCUAUACUUAUUUCUGUGGCCUAUUACUUGUGGUGAACACUAUUAAAUAAAUUGAAACUAGAAUUGUAGAUACAGAAGUUAGAACAGAAGUAAGAAAUACUUCAGAAAUUGAAUAUAUUAGGCUGUUGUAACUUCACUUAAGACAUAAACCGACUGUGGUUACAUGAAUACUCAGAUUUUGUCAUAUUUUUGUGUGUAUUUGACAGCGCACCUGAGUUGAGCAAAAAGUAUUCACCUGCUGUUGCACCACGGAAGUAAGCUUUUUUUUUUUUUCUGUGAAUGUGUGGGCACUUCUGAUUCAUUAACCACUAUAGUAAAUAACUGGAAGAAUAACAAAAUGCAGUAAAAUAAUUUGCGCUACAAACCAGUGUGUUUAUGAUUACAAUAAUAAAUUAAAAUGAUAUUAUAAUAAAUAACAGUUUGCAAUAUCAAGCAGCAUAAUGGGCAGUUUUUGUACAGCUAAAAUAAUUGGAAGUGGAUGAGACCGGAAGCCUUGACACAAUCAAGUUACAAUGUCUGUGUCUGCUCUUACUUAAAGAAUGGAUGCUUGUCAGUGUUCCACUCCAUCUCGAAGCGCUCGACACAGAAAGCAGCCUGUCAGCGUGCGA